AUGUCGUCCCCACCACCGUAUCAAAAUGUCGCCAAUCCCCUUAAGCGACAUUCCAUCUCAUCGAAUGCAUCACAGCCUGGUAAAAAGGCGCGCAUGCACCCACUCCGCCAGGCCUCGUUUGCAGAUUCUCUCGAUAUCGAGCGCAGUUUUGGAGGGACAAGCGAUGCAGGAAGCGUGACAGGAAGUUUCACCGGAAGCCUGGGCGGAACAAGCGCAGAUGGAGUUUUCUCGCGAAACAAAAAGCGCGGACGCAAAAACAAAAUUGAUAAGGACUGCGACGAUGCUAUGAGUACACGUGCUACCGACACUCCGCGGCCGGGCUCACCUGAUGGGGGAGGCUCAAUCCGCGCGGGAAUGGGUGGAGCGGGUGCUGGAGGCGCCGAUGAAGCUGAUGAUGAUGAUGAUUACGGAGAUCUAGGCCGGGAUGAGGGCACGACUGAUACAGAGGCUGAGAAGAAGAACUUAGCUAUUCUGGUUGACGCUUUCAAUCCUAUGCAAUCCGAGCGAUACGACCUCUUCAAGCGCGCCAAGCUUCGUAAAGAAUCCCUCCGCCGUAUUGUCAACCACGCACUUUCCCAGUCUGUUCCUGCGAGUGUAGUUACGACCGUGAAUGGCUUCACAAAGGUCUACGCGGGCGAGAUGAUCGAAAAAGCUCGAACUGUCCAGGCUGAGUGGGCUCAGGCAUUCGACGACUCCUCACGUGCUGCAUUCGAUGCUCAGGAAGCGGCUCGAUCAGUCAAGGAAGAAGGCUCUUCGUCUCAACUUACACAGCGCGUAUUCCGCCCUCCCCCGAAUCCGCACCGUGGUCAACUUCUGCCAUCUCACUUGCGUGAGGGGCUGCGACGCACUAAGCGCGAUGGUGAAGGUGGAGGCGUUGGUUACUCUGGUCUUAGUAAUGAUAAUCUUGCCGUCAAGGGCUCAGUUACUUGGAGCUCUGGUACUAUUGGCGGGCGAAGAUUGUUUCGCUGA